UGCCGCUUGUGUGUACCUUCAGUGCGGACCUGGUGCCUCCUUUGUGAAGCAGCAGCUGAGGAGACUCCUGCGCUCGCCAUGGCCGACGAGAAACCCAAGGAAGGAGUCAAGACUGAGAACAACGAUCAUAUUAAUUUGAAGGUGGCGGGGCAGGAUGGUUCGGUGGUGCAGUUUAAGAUUAAGAGGCGCACACCACUUAGUAAACUAAUGAAAGCCUAUUGUGAACGACAGGGCUUGUCGAUGAGGCAGAUCAGAUUCCGGUUUGAUGGACAACCAAUCAAUGAAACAGACACACCUGCACAGCUGGAAAUGGCGGACAAAGAUACGAUUGAUGUGUGUCAGCAGCAGACAGGAGGUGUCUACUAAAAAGGGAACCUGCUACUUUACUCCAGAAUUUUGUUAUAGACCAAGAAUACAUUCUCAAUUAGAAAGCCGCAAUUUGGUUCCACCAUCCUGACUCCUACAGUGUAGUUUUCUCUAUUCUUUCAUUUCCCU